AUGACUCAAGAUAUGAUCCAAGAUCACGAUGAGCCCAUCUUGAAACAUUUGACCGAUAUUACCACCUCUAUCGAAGUAGAUCCUCAUGGUUUCACUAUCUAUUUUCACUUCUCUCCCAAUGAGUACUUUACAAAUGCAGUGUUGAAAAAGCAGUAUUUCUUGGAGAUUAAGCCUGAUGCCGAGGAUCCAUUCGGUUUUGAUGGGCCAUCUGUUGUGCGUGCUGUUGGUGAUACAAUCCAAUGGAAUGAAGGCAAAAAUAUUACUAAAAAGGUUGUGAAGAAGAAGCUGAAGAAGGGCGCUAAUGCUGGAAAGUUCAUCACAAAGACUGUCAAAGCUGAUAGUUUCUUCAACUUCUUUGAUACCAUUGUACCUCCCACCGAAGACCAUAAGAACGAGGAUGAUGAGGAGGAUGACUCGCACGAGCUGAUGCGAGCGGACUUCGAAAUCGGUCAGGUGCUUCGUGACAACAUCAUCCCUCGUGCUGUUCUUUUCUAUACGGGAGAGGCUGACUUUGGCGAUGACAUGUUCGAUCUCGGCGAGGACGCGGAUGACGAAGAAGAGGAAGAAGAUGAUGAAGAUGACGAGUAG